AUGUCCUUCCGCAAGCGCAAUAUCGGUCUAUCGCCUGGCGUCGAUCGUGCUGCUAUUCCUACUGCCUCCGAAAAACCUGUGCCCGAGUCGCCUGGCAUUCGGCCCUCCCCCGAUGAUGGACGGCCGACGACUUCAACGGGGACCCCCUCGCUAGACGGUCUCCUCGCAGGUCAUGCGGGCCUGCCAAUGGGUAAGACCUUACUGGUAGAGGAGAAUGGGACUACGGAUUUUGCAGGGGCAUUGCUGCGUUACUAUGCGGCGGAGGGCGUGGUACAAGAGCACAAGGUCCAUGUGAUUGGAGCGCCGGAGCAAUGGGGUCGCAGUCUCCCUGGCCUAAUUGGGACUGCAGAGUCGGUGGAAGGGAAACGAUCCGACAAGCGCAAAGACGAGCGCAUGAAGAUUGCCUGGCGGUAUGAGCGCCUGGGCGAGUUUGGGGCUGGUGUUGCCGGUUCCCGGAAUGUUCCGGCUGCUGGAACCCAAGACCCGGCUGCACCGCAGACACCUGCCUUCUGCCAUGCCUUCGAUCUCACCAAGCGCCUCGCCCAUCCGUCCAUCACCAACAUGUCUUUCAUCCCACUCGUGCCCUCCAAAGAAUCACCGUUCAUUUCUGUCCUCAACCGGCUACAGACUGAAAUCGCAUCCAGCGCUCCGCAUACCAUCCACCGCAUCGUGAUCCCCUCCCUACUCAAUCCCACCAUGUAUCCGCCGGACACUUGCCAACCCGAGCAUCUUCUCCAAUUCCUCCACUCUUUGAAAGCGCUGAUCAGCGCAUACACCACCCGCGUCACCACAAUGAUCACACUGCCACUAGCCCUCUUUCCUCGUUCAUCAGGUCUGGUUCGGUGGAUGGAGCUCCUCAGCGACGGCGUCAUCGAGCUCUGUCCCUUUCCACACUCUGCAGACGCGCUCACGACAUCCGGCGCAGCAACCUCGCAGGAGGAUCCCCCACAGGGGAUGCUGAAAGUACAUCGACUACCGGUAUUACAUGAGCGCGGUGGCGGAAGCGAUCAGAAUCUCGGACAAGACUGGGCGUUUACUCUCAGUCGACGGCGAUUUGAAAUCAAGCCUUUCAGUCUUCCCCCGGCGGAGGGGGACAAGGAGGCGCAGGAUGCAUCGGCACCUAGUGGAAUGCCUAAAAAGUCCGAUCUCGAGUUCUGA